AUGCUGUCCAUAGGUUUCUAUUAUGAUGUUGCUUCACCUGUCGAGCUUGCUAAGGCUUACAUGGGGAGCAGGCCUUCCAAGGUAUCCCAAUCAAUGCUGGGCUUGCGAAAUCCUCCAAGAGAGGAUCCAACUCUACUAAGAAAUCAGCACUUUGCUCAGAAAUCCCCAGUUAUGUCAAUUGUGCCAAGGGCAACUACCCUUGCUCGGGUUCGUGAAAAUGGCUUUGUGACCCCAAGAUCUCAUGGAAGAUCAGCAAUAUAUAGAAUGGCUCGAACACCUUAUGCCAGAGUUUAUCCAAUAUCUACGCUCAAGAGCCAGAAAGCAUAUCAUGAUCCAGUGCAUACUGAGCUGAAGAUGAUGGAUCAUGAUAUGCUUUCUGGCUCUAAACAAAGGGCAUUAAAACGUAGAAGUUCUGUAUUAGAUAAUGAUAUACGAUCUUUUGGUCCUAUACGCCGAAUGCGUCACAAGUGUAAUCUUCUAUCUUCUAAAGGCUUAACCUUACCUCAUUCAGGCGCCCCCUUAUCUAUAGCUAGGAACAGAGUUGGCAUUGAUGCUGCUCAGCAACCUUCAUCUUCCAUGCAGAAGCCUAUUCUGCUGGGUGAAGUUAAGCAUAGGCAUACGAAAUUGUCAGCAGAAAAUGUUGAUGACACCAUGCCUAGUACUAGCUUUCCUCCUUUAUCUUCAAAAUCUAGCGAGAUGGCCUCAAAAAUACUCCAGCAACUUGAUACUUGGGAAGAAACAACAGGCUCCACUGCUGUGGCCGAGAAAACUACCUCUGCUACUGAAACUGAUGUACAGGAGAUUCCCCCAGCUUCAUCUGUAGUAUUGCCAUCCAAAAGUUUUACAACAGAUGGUUCACCUCCUGUUAGGUCUGCUGAUGGAUCUACAUUUGGUCAGAAGGUUGAUAUACCAACGUCCAUAAAUUCGUCUAUCCCUGAUCCUACUUUUAAGCCAACAAUGGGUGCAGUGUCAGUAGCUGCACACACAAUUUUGGGUUCCGAGAAGUUUAAUUCACAAAAUGGAUCAGUUGUUAAUCCUCCCCUGUUGAACUUUGGGAAUAAAGUUGUUCAGUCAACAGAGGUGACUGCUGCUGAUGCUCCAUCAGAGGAGUCUACUAAAUCAGGUCCAAUAUUUGGUUUGGAUAAAGUUGCAUCGUCAAAGGAGCCAGGUGCUGAUGCUCCGUUAUUUAACUUUUGGCAUCAACAAAAAUGUUGAUUAUGUUCCCCAAGUCCCAUUUGCUUUCUCAUCAUCAGUUGGUGGUGAAUCUGGUGGUCUCAAAUUUGGUGCUUCUUCUGACUCAAAGAUGACGAGCUCAAUCAAGUUAGUCUCCACUACUGUUCCUGUUGCUGUUGAUUCAAUGCCAAAAGUUCUUGAAUCAGAUAAUGCUGAUGCUAAGACUAAUAUAGUUGCUGGAUCUUCUCCUCCGUCAUCAGAGCCAGCUGUUUCAUCUGCAGCAUCGACAUCAUUGUUGACAUCACCUGCUAAUAUAUUUACUUUUAGCAACAGAUUAAAUCAAGAUAAUGGACGUGUUGCUUCAAGCGCUACAUUUGCGUCUACAUUUCCAUCUGUUGGUACAAAUAGUUUUAGUCGGAAUAUAUCCAGUAGCUCUCCCCUUAGUGUCCUGUAUUGAGUAAGAUAAGAUAUACAAAUAGUUUAACAAGUAUUCUGCAAGAGUUUACCGUUACGGUCACAGCUUUUAUUUAUUACGCAUUUUACGGUUUUAAUG